UACACGAGUCACGACUCGCUAUCGUUUGGCGUAACGUGCGCGUCGCAUCGCGUCCGGUGGGUACACUAUAUUCCGCCGUUUAUUAUCAUUUUUUUUUUUGAAAUUUUUAGUAGUACUCCAUAUUUGGAUUACUUCGAGUUUAAAACUAUUUUUGUUCAAAUCGUGUCCAAAUAGUAAUUCAAUCGAUUUUUAAUCUUUUACCGCAUUGUUGAUCUGCAGUACCUGGACGGCGUGACAUCGUCUGCUGUGUACUUGUGUUGGGUUUUAACAUUUUACAAGUAUUUUUGGUUUUAUUGUGCGUCCGUCAAAAUAUCUAGAAUGCCAAAACAUUUUAAACCUGAAAAUAUCACCGUGAAAAUUGAUAAUAAUACGAAACGCGCUACUUAUGUUUAUUCUUCUCCUCGUGUGUCACAUGAAAAACGUCAUACCAGUAUUAAAAGGUAUGAUAGUAGUGCAGACGAGCAAGAGUUGUCUGAAUAUGUACGUCGUGGAGCUCGAACACCGCCAAGUCCUAGAGUGUCUAGGUUUUCAGAAAUUGACGAAUUUGACCGAUCUAGGGAUUUGGAUCGCUCGUAUCACACUUAUAAAGUAUUGUGUGUUAGUGCUCUACAUCCUAAAGCAACUGACGAACAAGUCAAAGAAACUUUGUAUCGAGAAUACAGAAAAUUUGGUGAAUUUUCUGUUAAAAUAUCACAUGAACUAGAUGAAAGAAUGGCUUAUGUGUGUUUUAAAAACUCAGGAGAUGCUAAAGAUGCCAUACAAAGUAAGCCUAAAAUUAGUUUGUUUGAUAAAAUAGCUUUAGUUGCACCUGUUUAUGAAAGCCGUAGUUCUAGAGAUCAUUAUGAAUCAAGAGCUAGACGUUCGCAAUCCCGACACUUUUCUCCAGAUGUUGAAAGGUACUAUCCUGCUCCUAUAGAAGUUCAUAGACCACAUCUAAGUGAUAGGUUAUACGAAAGGUUACCAUAUGGUGUUUUUCCCUCUAUGCGUCCGCAACAAAUCUUUCGACAAAUAAAUAUGCCAUCAUUAAAUCCACGUGAACUCAUGAUAUCUCGACAACAGCUAUUACAUCGUAUGCCUCCUACUCGUCCAUUUCAUCCAUUGCAUGGCCAUGUGAUACCAAGACAUGUUGUGCGACCCCUUAAACCAUACUCUUAUCCUCGUAUGAUACAAGACAAAAAAGAUAAAUUUCCUAACUAUUUACACCAUAUUCUACCUGAAGAUGACCCAUUAGCUACACGAACAUUGUUUGCUGGAAAUUUAGAACUUUCCAUUUCGGAUGAAGAACUUUACCAUUUAUUUAGUAAAUAUGGAGUUGUUGAGGAUAUUGAUGUUAAACGACCGUUGCCAGGAACAGGAAAUUCAUAUGCAUUUGUUCGUUAUCAAAAUUUAGAUAUGGCUCAUAGAGCCAAAGUCGAAUUAUCUGGUCAAUAUAUAGGCAGAUAUCAAUGUAAAAUUGGCUAUGGAAAAUCUAUUCCAACACUACGGAUAUGGGUUGGUGGUUUGGGUCCCUGGACAGCACUUUCUCAACUAAUACAAGAAUUUGAUAGAUUUGGUGCUAUCAAAAAAAUUGAGUUUACCAAAGGUGACACUUGUGCCUAUAUACAUUAUGAAAGUAUUGAUGCUGCAACUGCAGCUGUCAAUGGAAUGAGAGGAGUGCCUUUAGGAGGCUCAGAACAUAAACUGAGAACAGAUUUUGCUACAGAAGUCUGUAGCAGUCCUACAUUAACUUAUUCAACAAAGUCCAAGUCAUCCCAAGGUGAUGUUCCAGCAACUGCAAGAGAUUUACAAGAACUAACAAGACAAUUUGGUUGGCCAGAUAAUGAGUAUCCUUUGUAUAGUUCUAGAAUUGAUCGUAAUGAUCAUACAGAAUAUAGUGAAGAAAGUAGAGGACUUGGUAAUCAUGAGAAUAGUCUAUCAUUCAAGCAGCAUUCUGUUUCUGAUAUUAGUUCUUCUGGAUCAUCACUUCACCAAUUCAUUGACAGUGAUGUAGAAUCUGAAGAAGCAGAAAUACAAUCUGUAAGUCCUUUGGAUUCUGUUCGUACACUAGAGCAUUUGGCUUGUAAAUGUUCUGAUUCAUGGCAAGGCAGUCUUGUAUUAAAAACCUCUCAGUUCCCUGCUAAAUGCCAUUUAAUUUCCGGUGAUGCAAAUAUCAUACAGUCAAUGAUGAAAGAUUUAGAUGGUAAAUCAAUAUUACGCAUAACUCAACGAUUGCGUUUAGAUGAGUCAAAGUUGGAAGAUGUUUCUAAUCGUAUAACGACUGCCGAUAAGCAUGCUAUAUUUUUGGCAAUGCCUUAUUCUACUCAUUCCAUUUACAACGAUGACGCAUUGAUACAAAUUAGACCGUUACGCAAUUUAGUAACAUAUUUAAAGCAAAAAGAAGCUGCUGGGGUAAUAUCAUUAAUAAAUAAAGAUCCAGAACUAAUUGGUGUAUUAUAUGCAUUUCCUCCAUGUGAGUAUUCAGCCAAAUUAUUGAAACAAUUUGCAAAAAAUUUAAGUAGUGAAGCAUUAAAUGAUGAUCAUUUAGUUGUGGUAGUAGUUAAUGGGGAUCUUUAGUAUUAAGAAAUUAUUUUUUUAUUCAAUUUUCAAGUACAUUUGCCCACUAAUAAUGUAUACAGGGCGUAUCCGUAUUUUAUUUUUAUCAAUUUCAUUUAAUAAUUGGUUACUAUUAAUUAUUUUAAGUUUAAUACAAGUUAAUUACAAUUUUAUUAUAAGUU